UGAGUCCCACUGAGACAGACUUGUCGACGGACUGCAGGGGGCGCAGUUCGAAACAUCCCGUCAUUGUUUAUUCCAACAUGACGGAAAACAGCGCGUCGCCGGAGGACCCUUGGCUCAAACAGACAGAUGGCACUUUCAGCGACAGCGGCUUUGACCACAGCUUCUUUGCAGAGAGUGCUCGCAAAGGAAGUGUGGUGUCAAGAGCCAACAGCAUCGGAUCCACAAGUGCCUCUUCAGUACCAAAUACAGAUGAUGAAGACAGUGACAACAGACAUGAGACCCCCUAUAAGGAGUCUUAUAAAGACCGGAGACGACAGGCGCACACGCAGGCAGAGCAGAAACGAAGGGAUGCCAUUAAGAAAGGUUAUGAUGACCUGCAGUCUAUAGUGCCUACGUGCCAGCAGCAGUCUGAGUUUGCCAUGGCCACGCAGAAGAUGAGUAAAGCUACAGUCCUGCAGAAAACAAUCGACUACAUUCAGUUUCUCCACAAGGAAAAGAAGAAGCAGGAAGAGGAAGUUUCCACACUUAGGAAGGAGGUGAUGGCAUUGAAAAUUAUGAAAACGAACUAUGAGCACAUUGUGAAAGCCCAUCAGAAUAACCCUCAGCAGGGCAGCGAGCAGGUGUCAGAUCAGGUGAAGUUCAGCGUGUUUCAGAGCAUCAUGGACUCUUUGUUCCAGUCCUUCAGUGCCUCCGUCUCUGUCAGCAGCUUUCAGGAACUCUCUGCUUGUGUCUUCAGCUGGAUCGAGGAGCACUGCAAACCCCAGACGCUGAGAGAGUUUGUGGUGACUGUACUGCAGCAGGUGAAUGGGCAGAUGUACUGAAACUCUAAAGCUGUCUGUCUGCCAGCCUCUCAGGCUGAGGGUGUGACAUCCUUGUACCCAGCUAUUAUCCCAUUCAAGAACACAGGAACUGUCUCAUUCACACACACUAUACAGCAGGGCUUAAGCACACCAAUGGACUGGGGUGCAUUCAAGAACUUGCUUUAGUUAAGUUAGGCAAGUAUUGAUGAUAUUAUACAUGUAGUGUUUGCUGCAGUGAACCCAGUCAACAACUGUGGAAUGCACUUUUCUCAGACCGGCUAUCAUUUCAAUGGGCACUUUUAAUGGUGCAGUUGUCAUCUUAUAACACUAGUAAUUAAGAGGGUACUACAUGUUUGCAUAUUUGCUAUAUUCUUAAAUACCUUCUGGUGGUUCAGAAAUUAAAUCUUUAUCGAGGAGCUUUAUUUAUAGAGGGUGGAAAUCUAAUCAAAGAUUACUUCACAAUGUUCUUGAACACACCCCAGUUCUAAAGUUUAAUCAUAUCAUUUUGUUUCAUCAGUAUUCAUAUUUUCACAUAGGCUUGUGAUUCUGAGUCAAAGUAGCCAACAUCAUAAAUGCUGCAGCUCUCAGAAAACUUCACAGCCUGCACACUGAAGUGUGAAAUAUGUCUCUCUCAUUGUUGUAUUGGAAACCUUUUAUGAUUUAGCUUGGUGUACUACAUUUAUUUAUCUUCUUACCUCAUGUUUAAAUAAUUUCCCAAAGCACAACAGUUUCACCUUUGUGUACAUGCUAAUGCAUCACUGUCAUGUAUGUUAUAUUUGUAUCUUUUAUUUGUUCAUAUCGGUUGGUUUUUAUGCCCGAAAAUCAGCUGAAAUGGACUGUCCCGUAUGCUUUAAUAUAUCUAAGUUAGACAAUGCUGAGCCAAGUCUAAGGUUUCUAAGUUCCCUCUCUUUGGGAUGCUGUGACCAAAGAUUGCAGUAUCUACGCACAACGGAUGAAAGAUAAAUCGUGUAUUUUCACAUUCUGUAUAUUUUCUGCAUGUGUAGCUCAAUUUUCAAAGUUUUAUUCUAAACCUAUGUUAAUGGUUUGACAUUGUGAUCAGUAUGUUCUCUCUGUGCUGCAUAAACUGUCCUUGAAGACAUCCGUGCAUGGUAACAACUUCAUGUGAUGUGACUAUCCAAAUAUAUUUAUUUUAUUGAGUGUUUAACAGAUGAAAGCAUAGUGAAAAUUAGAAUUAAAAUCUCAGGAAAACUUUUUUCUGUAUCAAGACUUUUAAAUAACAGAUGAUUGUACAAUCACAGUUUGACCUGUGCUGGAAAAAGGGAUGCCUUGAUAUUUUAAGCCAUUAAGUGGAGAGAAAGGGUUGCCCACAAAAAUUAGGCUAAGUCAUGCUGAGCUAAACUAUACUCCGUGCUUUUGCAUUUCUGACUUCAAGAAAAUCUGAAAUAUUUUUGUAACAGUAUAAUUUUUAAUUAAAAAAUAAACAAUGUUCAAACUUUU